UCUACCUUAAAAAAAAGAAAAAACCUUAUAUCUUUCACUUGUUUUCUCUCCUUUUUUUUAUUCAAUAAUCCUAACCUUAUCUUCACAAGUUUCUUAUUCUCUCUCUUCUAUAAAAACCAAACCUUCUAAUUUGAUAUUCAGUAUCAAAACUUAGAAGCCUUUAGCUGAACUGUACGACCUAGUCCGCAACUCAGUCUAAAAUUUAGUUCGCGUCCGAUUUCUGAACAACAAUUUCCUAAUUAGUCUCUCUUUUAAUUUUCUGUUCUCUUAUCAUUCUUUUCAACACAUGAUACUUGGUUGAUAAACAACUUCCUUCCCUAGAAACUCAAUUUCUUGACCAUUUUACCUUUCCUUUUCUAGUAUCAAUUGUGAGUUUUCUCAAGAGUCUAGUAAUAUAACUGUUAAAAUUCAUCAAAAUGGAUCUUUUUCAAAACCCAUCUUCACAAAAAUCAAGCAGAAUGGAAACGCCUAUAUGCGUUGCAAAACUUGUCCUCAUUUCCAUAGGAAUCAUUUCAACUCUUAUUUUGUUCAAAGUUGCAAUAAUUCCGUACACAUUUGAUCUUGUUCUUUCAACUCUUCCUCAACUUUGGUUCUCAAUAAGAACAUGGUUUACACUUCCUUUCCUUUACAUCAUUGUUAACUUCAUCAUUAUUAUCAUUGUAGCUUCUUCAAGCUUUUCUGAUCCAAAACACACAACAACAAGCAUUUUAGAAACUACCACCAACCCAAUUGAGCUAGAAAACCAAACCAAUGAACCACAUCAAGAAGAAAAAAAAGUUGAAGAAGUUGAAGAACAAGAACAAGAAGAGAAAAGGGUUGUUAAAGACUCUGAAUUGUUCCACAACAAAUUCAUCACUGAUCCGAUUCCGGAAAAAUGCAGCAAGGACUUUUACUUGCCAGAUUCUGACGACAAAGUUAAAGACUUCAGAUUAUUCUGCAACAAAUUCAUCGAUGAUCCAUCACCGGAAAAAUGUUGCAACGAUUAUAACUUGCCGGACUCAGGUGAUAAAGGUGAUGAUGACAGUUUAGAAGCAACAUGGAAAGCAAUAAUGGAAGCACAGGAGAAAACAAAGAAGCCACAUCUGAAGAAAAGUGGCACUUGGACUGCAAGGAUUGUGAAAGCAGAACCAUUUCGUAACAAUGGCGGUUUUUGUGGUGGUGAUGAUGAUCCUGUUGCUUGGGCUCAAAGGGAGUUGAAAAAGUCUGAAACAUUCAAUGAUAGAGCUUCAUUGAAGAGAGAAAAAUCAAUGAGUCCUGAAGAAUUGAAUAAAAGAGCUGAAGCUUUUAUCAAGAAGUUUAAUAAUCAAAUGAAGUUGCAGAGGAUGGAAUCUUAUCAUCGUUUUAUGAAAUUAAAUAAAAGGGUUUGAUGAUGAUGGUCACAAUUCAAAAUUUAGCAGUAAAAGAAAAUUGAUUCUCUGCUAGGAUAUUUAUUAAUCACUUGGAGGAACAUCGUUUGAACAUAUUCAUAAUUUUGUAUAUAAUAUACACUAUUGGAUUGACGGUGAAUUUGACAUAAUUACGAUAUAUGUCUGUAAUUUUGUCAAAAGCUAGAAUGUGUUCGAACGAAACACAUGCAUAAAAGGUGUUCACGGCCAACAGCUAGAAUGUAAGAAUAUGGAUGAAUUUUUUAGUUAUAACAAAAUUACGGUUUUAUAGUGAUUUUGUCAAAUUUACCUUGAUUU